AUGUCAAAAUCCAAAACCAUCCUCGAAAAGGAGCAGGAUUACGUCUCCUCUGCCGUGGCCGAGGCGCACGCAGCCUAUCUUUCCAACAACCCUAUCUCAGCCAAAGCUCAUGGCGAUGCGGCGGACUACAUGCCCAGAGGAAACACGCGCACGGUUCUCUAUGCUCAGCCAUUUCCUUUAUCUAUCAAAUCAGGCUCAGGGAACAAGUUGACCUCCGCCGAUGGACAUAUCUAUGUCGAUUUCUUAGGCGAGUACAGCGCCGGCUUAUUUGGGCACUCGAAUCCGCGUAUCGAGGAGGCCUUAAGCAAAACCAUGAAAUGCGGCUGGAAUUUCGGCGGAGAGACUCUCCAUGAGAAGGAGUUGGCACGCAAAGUUACAACUCGCUUUUCAAAGGGGGGCAUGGACUUGGUACGAUUCACAAACUCUGGAACAGAGGCCAACAUGAUGGCAAUUGGUGCAGCUGUUGCCUGGACGGCACGAAAGAAAAUUCUUGUCUUUAGUAACGGAUAG